AUGCGCUCUAACGGGUCGUCAAUUAGGGCUAUAUAAAACAGCAAUUUCUCAAUUUGUCAGGUCAUUCAGCACUUGUCUAUUAAUCAGGAAUCAUGUCAGGAAGAGGCAAAGGAGGAAAAGGUCUUGGAAAGGGGGGCGCCAAGCGUCACAGGAAAGUCCUUAGAGAUAACAUCCAGGGUAUUACCAAGCCCGCCAUCCGUCGUCUUGCACGUAGAGGUGGAGUCAAACGUAUCUCUGGACUCAUUUACGAGGAGACCCGUGGUGUAUUGAAAGUUUUCCUUGAGAACGUGAUUCGUGAUGCUGUCACCUACACCGAGCACGCCAAGAGAAAGACAGUCACAGCCAUGGAUGUUGUCUACGCCCUCAAGAGACAGGGACGCACCCUUUACGGAUUCGGUGGUUAGAUACUCUUAUCACCGUUUGUGCAUCC